UUCAGAGAAAAACAGCAGAGGGUUUCUGAAGGGCAGGAUAGCGCCCUUUCUCUCUUACUUUAGCGUCGCCGACUUUUCUGGGCACUUAGGUCUUUUUCAUUAUAGGGACCCAGGAGUGUUUUUAUAACUUAGUGUUUCUCCACCCAACGCGCCCAAACAUCCCCCUGGCUUCCCUGCGCUUGCUUUCUGAUGACUGGAUAUUGUUUGAAAUCUAACGUCUGGGUCGGCCUGAGUGUGGCCGCCCACGACUGGAGACCGCCUGCGCGAGGCAGUUGGCCCUGGCCCUGACGGACAGGCCUCUCUCUGGCCGGAGGUGGCCUGGCAAUCCCAGAAAACCAUGCGGAGCCGACUGGUUUCUGCCAGGUGUGCUCCUCACUCGCAGCCUCCGUCUAAGCCCAGACAGCUCAGAGCCCAGCGAGAACGUGGGGUCCAGCGUCCGCGCUAAGAAGACCUCGCUUUUAGGCGUGCCAGAGAGGAGUGGGCGAAGAGGACGUUCCGGUCCUGCCGCGGCUCCGCCGCCCUCCCCCUCUUGAUUUACCCGGCACAGUAUCGGAAGGCGUGGCUAGUGUCCCCAGACACUUCCAAGAGUAUCCCCGCCUCUCGCAGCCCAACUCCAGCCAGCGACUCACGUCGGAUCGCGUGGCGGGGCUCCCAGACCGGAGCCGACCGAGUUCUUCCGAUCUCCUUCGGCUCUUUCCGGCAGCCUCACCUUUGCUCACCUUCGGGCGUUUGCGUAUUCCUCGCGCGGCGUUGUCCCGGCAACGCGCUGCAACUCCGAGGCCUGGCGGGGGUUUCAGACCAGAUCUGAGUUUGGUCAUGGCUGUCUAUUUUGACCAUCGUGUAGAAGUCUCAGAUACAGCCAGCUCACCCUCCCACAUCAGCUGGCACCCUGUCCACCCAUUCUUGGCAGUUGCCUCUGUCAGCACAACCUCAGGAGGCAGUGUGGAUGUGUACCUGGAACAAGGUGAGCGUGUGCCUGAUACACAUAUUGAGAGGCCAUUCCAGAUUACUUCCCUGUGCUGGCACCCGACGCGACUGAUCCUGGUUAUAGGCUGGGAAACUGGUGAAGUAAUAGUGUUUAACAAGCAGGACAAGGAGCAGCACGUGGUGCCUUUGACACACACUGCUGACAUUACCGUCCUCAACUGGAGCACCAGUGGGAACUGCCUCCUGUCUGGGGACAGGCUUGGUGUCUUGCUUUUAUGGAGAUUAGACCAAAGGGGUCGGGUCCAGGGGACACCCCUGCUGAAAUACGAGUAUGGGAAACACCUCACUCAUUGCAUCUUCCGGCUACCCCCUCCGGGCACGGACCUGGUUCAGUUGGCAAAAGCAGCUGUGAGCGGCGAUGAAAAAGCCCUGGACAUGUUUAACUGGAGGAAAAGCAGCUUUGGAAGUUUCCUAAAGAUGGGCUCUCCGGAGGGGCUGUCAUUUUUUGUCAGUCUGAUGGACGGGACGGUACACUACGUGGAUGAGAAGGGCAAGACUGUGCAGGUGGCAUCCACAGGCAGUUCAAUCCAAACGCUGUUCUACAUAGAGAAAAGAGAGGCACUGGUGGUCGUCACGGAGAAUCUUUUGCUGUCUCUGUACGUGGUGACUCCUGAGGGCGAAGCCGAAGAAGUGAUGAAGGUAAAGUUGAGUGGGAAAACAGGUCGCCGGGCAGACAUCACUUUGAUUGAGGGCAGCCUUCUUGUGACAGCCAUAGGGGAAAGCGUCCUCAGAUUCUGGGAUUUGGAACGAGGAGAGAAUUACAUACUGAGCCCAGACGAGAAGUUUGGUUUUGAAAAAGGAGAGAAUAUAAACUGUGUCUGUUAUUGUAAGGUCAAAGGGCUUCUUGCAGCUGGGACCAAUAAAGGGCGGGUAGCCAUGUGGAGAAAAGCAUUGGGCCCUCCAAGCAGCCGAGGUGGGGAGGGCAAGGACAGGUGGACACUUCAAACCCCCACCGAGCUCGAAGGGAACAUCGUGCAAAUAAAGUGGGGCUCCAAGAAGAACCUCCUAGCGGUAAAGAAUGUUAGCUCCGUGUCAAUCCUCAGCGAGCAGGCCAUGGCCUCGCACUUUCACCAGCAUGUGGCCGCUGUGCAGGUCUCCCCAAGCCUACUCAACGUGUCCUUCCUAUCCACGGGGGGAGCACACAGCCUGCACGUGGACAUGCACAUCAGUGGAGUGUUCACCACCAAGGAUGCUGUUGCUGUCUGGAAUGGAAAACAGGUGGUGAUUUUUGAGCCUUCUGGAACCACUUUACGGAAUGCAGGUACCUUCCUGUGUGAGUCUCCAGUGUUAGCAAUGCAUGAAGAAAACGUUUAUACAGUGGAGCCAAACCGAGUUCAAGUUCGAACCUGGCAGGGGACUGUCAAACAACUCCUCCUUUUCUCUGAGACUGAAGGGAACCCUUGCUUCUUAGACAUAUGUGGAAAUUUCCUGGUUGUAGGGACAGACUUAGCUCACUUCAAAAGCUUUGAUCUUUCCCGAAGAGAGGCAAAAGUCCACUGCAACUGCAAGAACCUGGCCGAACUCCUCCCCAAUGUGGGGGCCAUCACCUCCCUCAGAUGCAAUGCCACUGGGAACAAGAUCAGCAUCCUCCUCAGUGAGGCUGACAACAUCCCUGAUUCCAAAAUCUGCUUCUAUGACGUUGAAAUGGACACAAUGACUGUCUUCGACUUCAGCACUGGACAUAUUGAUCAAAGAGAGACACUGUCCAUUAAAGGGCAAGAGACUCAUAAGAGCUACCUGUUUGCAGGUGAGAGACUGGCAAAUCGCGUUCCCGUGAGUCAUUAUUGGGAUGAGAGCGAGCCCCGGCUUUUCGUGUGUGAAGCUGCAAUGCAAGAAGUGCAGAGCACCCAGCUGCAGGCUGCAGACAAGCAGCCUUACACCAGCCCCACGGCAGAAGUUAUGAUUCUGUCAUUUUUCAUUUCCGAAGAACAUGGUCUCUUGCUUCAUGACAGCUUCCCGCAGCCUCCUGCCUACCAGACUCUUCUGGGGAUGCAAGUGCCCUAUUAUUACUUCACAAAAAAGUUGUUGUUCCAGAGAGGAGGCAUGUAUGAUGCAGUUCCUGGAGAAGGAGACAGAGAAGACAAGUCAGAUUCUGGAUACCAGCAGGUCCCCCAGAUGGUGGCCAGGAGACCCCUGAGAGACUUUAUCGGGCUGGAAGACUGUGACAAGCCCACUCAGGAUGCCAUGCUCAACUUCAGCUUCUUUGUCACCAUUGGCGACAUGGACGAAGCUUUCAAAUCUAUCAAACUCAUCAAAAGCGAGGCUGUUUGGGAGAACAUGGCGCGCAUGUGUGUGAAGACCCAGCGGCUGGACGUCGCCAAGGUGUGCUUGGGGAACAUGGGCCACGCUCGCGGGGCCCGAGCAUUGCGGGAGGCAGAGCAGGAACCAGAGCUGGAGGCCAGAGUGGCCAUGCUGGCCAUACAACUGGGCAUGCUGGAGGACGCUGAGGAACUGUAUAAGAAAUGCAAACGCUAUGACCUUCUAAACAAGUUUUACCAGGCCUCGGACCAGUGGCAGAAAGCUGUAGAAAUUGCUGAGCUCCAUGACCGAGUUCACUUACGCACUACCUACUACAACUAUGCCAAGCACCUGGAGGCCAGCACCGACUGCGGGCUGGCACUUAGUUACUAUGAGAAGUCAGAUACCCACCGCUUCGAGGUGCCCAGGAUGCUCUCAGAGGACCUGCAGUCCCUGGAGCUCUACAUCAACAAGAUGAAGGACAAGACCCUGUGGAGGUGGUGGGCCCAGUACUUGGAGAGUCAGGCAGAAAUGGACACUGCACUGCACUACUAUAACCUGGCACAGGACUAUUUCUCCCUAGUCCGCAUCUACUGCUUCCAGGGCAACAUUCAGAAGGCAGCUGAAAUAGCCAACGAGACUGGAAACUGGGCAGCAUCAUAUCACCUUGCCCGCCAGUACGAGAGCCAGGAGGAGGUGAAGCAGGCGGUGCACUUCUACACGCGGGCACAGGCGUUCAACAAUGCCAUCCGCCUAUGCAAGGAAAAUGGCUUAGAUGACCAGCUCAUGAACUUGGCCCUGCUGAGCUCACCAGAGGACAUGAUCGAGACAGCCAGAUACUACGAGGAAAAGGGCGAGCAGAUGGACAGGGCAGUUAUGCUAUACCACAAGGCUGGCCACUUCUCCAAGGCCCUGGAACUGGCCUUUGCCACCCAGCAGUUUGCAGCCCUGCAGCUCAUAGCAGAGGACCUGGAUGAGAAGUCGGAUCCUGCCCUGUUGGCCCGCUGUUCAGACUUCUUCAUCGAGCACAGGCAGUACGAGAAGGCAGUGGAACUGCUGCUGGCUGCCAAGAAGUAUCACGAAGCCCUGCAACUGUGCCUGGAGCAGAACAUGACCAUCACAGAAGAGAUGGCCGAAAAGAUGACUGUUUCCAAGGACUCGAAGGACCUGUCUGAGGACUCCCGGAGGGAGCUGCUGGAGCAGAUAGCAAACUGCUGCAUGCGCCAGGGCAGCUACCACCUAGCCACAAAGAAGUACACACAGGCUGGGAACAAGCUGAAGGCCAUGAGAGCCUUGCUCAAGUCAGGAGACACGGAGAAGAUCGUGUUCUUCGCAGGCGUCUCCAGGCAGAAGGAAAUCUACAUCAUGGCUGCCAACUACCUGCAGUCCCUGGACUGGCGGAAGGAGCCGGAGAUCAUGAAGAACAUCAUCAGCUUCUACACCAAGGGGCGUGCCCUGGACCUGCUGGCAGGCUUUUAUGAUGCCUGUGCCCAGGUGGAGAUUGACGAAUACCAGAACUACAACAAAGCCCAUGGGGCACUGACUGAGGCCUACAAGUGCCUGGCCAAGGCCAAGGCUACAAGCCCCCUGGACCAGGAAACCAAGCUGGCUCAGCUGCAGAGCAAGAUGGCACUAGUAAAGAGGUUCAUCCAGGUCCGCAGGACGUACACAGAGGACCCCAAGGAGUCCAUCAAGCAAUGUGAACUACUCCUCGAGGAGCCAGACCUGGACAGCACCAUCCGUGUCGGGGACGUCUACAGCUUCCUAGUGGAGCACUACCUGCAGAUGGAGGAGCACCAGAUGGCCUACAAGUACCUGGAGGAAAUGCGCAAGAGGAUCCCCUCCGCCAGCAUGUCCUAUUACGUGAGCCAGCACACUGCAGACCUUGUGCUCCAGGGUCUCGGUCUCCCUCUGACUCGUGCCAUGCCUGAGCGGACCCGCCACAACAGCAUGGAGGACCAGAGAGAGGUGGAUGAGGAGGUGGUAGAAGAGGUAGAAAAUGAUCCCUGAGGGGCCUAGGCCCC